UACUACUUUGGAUGCAAAACUCCCGUCAUCUUUUCAACUGAGUGCCUGCAUAACUACUUAUAAGAAGAGGGAAGGGCAGUUCCAGAGAAUUACAUAAACCCUGAACUUGUUCAAGAGGAGGCCAAGCUUUCAAAGCCAUUGAUUUUCCUACACAUCAUUUUCCCACCAAUCUUCCCAGAUAAGUAGUUAGCAAAGAACAGGAAACAGGAAGCUGAACAAAAUGGGAGUUGAAGGCACAUGGGAGUACUUCUCCAAUUUGAUUUACAAGCACAGGAAGAAGAAGAAGCAGAUGCAAACUGUAUCUUUAAAGGUUCGAAUGGACUGCGAGGGCUGCGGUCGGAAGAUGAAGCAAAUCAUGUCUCGUGUAAAAGGGGCUAAGCAAGUGGACGUGGAUGUGAAGCAGAUGAAGGUAACAGUGACAGGCUACAUAGAGCCAAAGAAGGUGCUGAAGGCAGCACAAGCAACGAAGAAGAAGGUGGAGAUGUGGCCUUACGUUCCAGUUUCAUUGGAGCCAUAUCCUUAUAUCUCAGCCUCAUACGACAAGAAGGCUCCUCCAAACAUGGUUCGGAGUGUUCCCAACACAGCCACCAUUACAGAGACUCUUGUCAAUGAAAACUAUGUCCGAAUGUUUAGUGAUGACAAUCCCUACGCUUGCUCUAUCAUGUAGCCGCUAAUUUACCCUUCAAUCAACUAUUAAUAUCCCAAUAUUCUCUGCACUGUACUAUCCCACUACAUAAUAACACUAUAUGUUUCUUUGAUUUCA